AUGAAGUUGGCGCCAUUCGAUUUUAUGAAUGAAAAUUAUCAUGCGGGACAUUUGUGUUUGGAUCUGUUCAAAAGUCGACCCGAUGCUGUGUGCCAGAUAGACGCAGCCACAGGAGAGAGCGAGACAAAUGCAGCAGUACUAGCCCGGUCAAUACAAUUAGCAAGAUGCUUCAAAAAACUGGGAGUGAAACCUGGAGAUGUCCUGGCUUUGGGAGGAAGGAACCAUUUGGAUCUGCACAUACCGUACUACUCAGCUCUGAUGACCGGCAUGCCUAUUGCUGGAGUAGACCCUAUGUUUAAGUACACGGAACUGAAGACCUUAUUCAAGAUAGCGAAGCCAAGAAUAGCAUUCUGUCAGAAAGAACUAUUGGAGACGCAUGAGAGGAUUGUGGAAGAGUUGGAGCUGAACACGGAGGUCAUCUGCUUCGAUGAGGGAAAAAAGUCCCUGGCCAACUUCAUCGAGAAAUACGAUGACAAAGAUGAUCAGGAGGAGUUUCUACCAACAAUAUUUGAUAGAAACAAAGUAAACAUGUGGCUGAUCAGUACGGGGGGUACGUCAGGAGUCAUCAAGCUAGCUGCCUUCACCCACACCGUGUUCCUGAGGAAGCUAGAACUGCUUCGCAAACUGUUCUCGACCAUCUCAGAGCACCUUACUGAACGUAAUGGCGAGAACAAGAUGGGUAUAAACCUGUCUCCUGUGCAGUGGGUGUCAGGUACCUUCAACGCGAUCUCGAUGCCUCUGCUGCAGCAGACCAAACUCCAGACCUCGAACACACCCACCACUGAACACGUUAUUGAUAUGAUCAAUAAGUAUAAGCCAGUAUCAAUAUUCACGAGUCCAAUCAUAGCAACAGCUUUGGUGAAGAGCGAGAAGAAAUGUGACUUCUCCUGCUUCAGUCAAGUAGUGCUGUCCGGAGGGAAAGUACACAAGGAUGUCCACGUUGAAAUAAAAAAACGAGUUCGACCGGGAGUCCCUGUAAUGGAGAUGUAUGGUCAGACUGAGAACUUAGGACCCAUACUCAUAGCCUGCCCGAAUGGACCACUGGGUAACUGCGGGAAAUCCGGCCCAGGAGUGCCUGAAGUUAAGUUGGUGGAUCCAGAGACGGGUAAAGAGAUAAUAGAACCAAACGUGCCAGGAGAGAUGUGGACCAAAGGAGCCAGUAUGUCGGGCUACUACAAUAACCCAGAAGAGACAGCGAGCGCCUUCACAGAAGACGGCUGGUAUAAAACAGGAGACAUAUUGUAUAGAGAUGAAGAAGGACACUACUUCUUCGUGGAGAGACUCAAGAUGCUCAUCAAAUAUAGAAUGUACCAUAUAAUUCCUCCAGAAAUAGAAGCAGUAAUCCGCGAGCACCCUGGAGUGCAGGAAGUCAGUGUGACAAGUAUCCCCCACGAGGAUGAUGGAGAACAUGUGGUCGCCUGCGUGAUGAGGAGGCCAGGCUCCAACGUUACUGCUGACGAGAUUAAGACGCUGGUGGCUGACAAACUAUCGGACUCCCAAAGACUGCGAGGCGGCGUGAUCUUCAUGGACCAGAUCCCUUUGACCUCUUCAGGAAAGAUCGCAAGAGGAAAGCUGAAGGCUUUAGUCCAGGCACUACCCAGGGAAUAA